AUGCCCGUUGGCCUAGCAUUAGCACUGGUUGAGAGGCUUGGCGCCGGCGUUGGUUGGCCUAGGCCACGGCGUGCUUGCGUGGGAGGCUCAGUGCUUGGCUGGCAAGCGCUAGCGCUGGUUGGCUUCAGUGCUAACAUUGACAUUGGUUGGCUUGGUUGUAACGAGCCGAGUCGCGAGGUAAGGUGCACCGAAGGUUCGUCGGCGGGGGUGUGCGUUGAUGGAGGAGUGCUUGUUGGCGUAUGGAGGUCGCUAGCAGGAGGCGUGCUUGGUGGUGAGGGGGAUGAGGCCGAGGGUGUGCUUGGUGGUGUGAGGGUUCUGCUUGCGUGGGGCAAGACGAAGGGAAGGUCGGUGUUUGGAUCCAGCUGGAGUAAGAGAAAGUAA